AUGACGGCCGCUCUGCCCCAUCCUAAGAUCGUGAAGAAGCACGCCAAGCAGUUCAAGCGUCACCAUUCUGACCGCUACAAGCGCGUUGGUGAGUCCUGGCGCAAGCCCAAGGGUAUCGAUUCGGCCGUCCGCCGCCGUUUCCGUGGUACCAUCCGCAUGCCCAAGAUCGGCUACGGCUCCAACAAGCGCACUCGUCACCUCAUGCCCUCCGGCCACAAGGCUUUCUUGGUCUCCAACAUCUCUGAGCUCGAACUUUUGCUCGUCCAGUCCAAGACUUAUGCCGCUGAGAUCGCCCACAACGUCUCUGUCCGCAACCGGGCCGCCAUUGUUGAGCGUGCCAGGGCUUUGGGUGUCAAGGUUACCAACGCCCACGCCCGUGCUACCAAGACCGCCUAA